AUGAUGUUGGUAAUGAUGCUGAUGACAAUGAUGAUGGUAUUCUUCCCUGGUGGUGAUGAUGAUGAUGAUGAUGGAGCGUUCGGUGAGGGUGUACUUGUUACUGUUCUCAUCGGGACCUUCGUCCGUUUUUUGCUGCUUUGCGGAAGACUCAUCGGCCUGCAGGAACUCCUGGGCAUGAUAGAGGCCGAGGGAGUGGAGAUGACGGACGCACCGGAAAAGAGCCUCGGUCGCAGGGCAGAGCUCAUCUUCCCAGCAAAAGAGGUUACCUGGUAUGCCAGUGACAGUGUAGUCAAAAACUUUCUGGGAACUCAGGUGAACCUCCUCAUGAAGAGGGCCGAGGUCACCCACCAAGGUGUGCCGGUAGAGACCCUUCUGGAUGCCAUCGACUGCAUCGGAUUCGACGCAGAGCUUCUGGAAGCUCGGGAGGAGGCAGCCACACAGAGAGACGGAGUGUUCGGGAAGGAAUUUGUAGCUUUGGUGUGGCCGCGCGUCCACGUCCCGACCUGCUCUGUUGCCAUGUUCGACUUUGACAGCCUCCCGGAUGCCACCUCAGAUGCUGGCCCAGCGGGGGCACGUCGGUUUGGAGUUUACGCCGUCUCGGACAUCCAUACGGACAAGAGGGAGAACAUGGAUGUUAUCCGGGAGUGGCCACGGCGGCCCAACGAUAUCCUGCUGUUGGCAGGCGUGUCCGGAAUCUACCCCCCUGAAGUGCUUCAAGUGGGGUUAAAGCUUACAUGA